AUGCCUUUAACGACUCCGGUGCUCACCGUGGACGCGGACAACAUUCACAAGGUGGAUACCGCCAACGCUCAAAGCCUCCAUGGCAUGUGGAUGGUCUUCUCCAAAUGUGCCGACUAUAUGGACCAGGGCCGUCGCCUCGAAAACCUCAGCUGGCGUCUGUGGACGCGGGAAACCUUCUGUGUCGAGCCUGGGAAAAACAAAACCACCUCCCCUCGGCCAGUGCUACGAUCUGAAAACGGGGAUCUGCCGGAACUCUCCGCCAGUGUGGAAUCGGCCGCGUCCGACCAAGCCGAGCGGAUCGAAGCUCACAUCAAACGCCCCAAGUUCUCUGACUACCGACCGGCCGUCGUCCGCGAGGAUUCAAUGGCCAGCCUGGGCCGGGGCAAGGAGAAGCACAUCACCUCGCUCGAUCUGGAGCGCAUGGUCCUCAACAUCAAGGAAAAGAAGCACCUAGAGCCCAUGAGCUCUCCCGUCGAGCCUGCUGCGCCCGUCGUUGACAUCACUCCUCGCCCAUCCACUCCGACUCCCACUCCCCCCACCGCCCGACGAGUCCCCCACUUCACUCGAUCGCUACCUUACAACCACGAGUCUACCGAGUCUUGCUCUACCACCGCCCCCGAGGGCAAUGACAGCGACACAGCACAGGUUAACCACGCGUCCGACACCAGCGUUUCUUCCUCGGGUGUGCUUCCCAGUCGGCCCGAGAUGAUCAAGUCUCCCAGCAUUGUGCGGGGCUUCUCGCCUUCUCAGAUCUCUUCGUCCUUCCGCUCACAACCCAGACUUUCCAUUGACCCGAGUCCUUCCCGUUCGGCCACUCAAAUGAAGCCGUCCCCGUUGAAGAAGAGGGGUGGCAUGUUUACAUUGGGCGGCUCCUCUGGAGAUGAUGACGAGAGCUCCUUUGAAGAGCGCAUGGCGCCUCAGGUGGCCCAGGAGAAAGCGACCGGUGGAUUAAAACCCAAGAACAGCAAUCCUAGCUCUACGAAAAAGACCGCCUCCUUCAGCAACCAGGUCUCGUCCCAUAUCAUCCCCAACUCGAAGGACAUCAGCCGCUCCGACGAGGACGCGAUCGAGACCGACGAUGAGGUAUCAGAAAGUGCCAUCGAGGACGACGAGGAUUCUGAUUGGGAGGACUCCGUGACGGAAGGUGGCGAGUCCAGUGUCGACGAGCGUGGGGAGAUGUUCCAGCGGGUUGACUCCCGGCCAAACCUCGUUUCUCGCCGGUCGAUGCUCACUAUGAUGAUGCACCAGCCCAACCGGAUGCAAGGAAGCGCAUUCCGGUCCAGUCCGGCCCUUCAACGAUCGCGGUUGACAUCACCCAACGGCCCGUCCAUGCCUCAAUCCACCCCAUCCAAGGAGGACGAAAGCUUGACCAUGCGUGGCCCUGAUGUGCCUCGAUCCAAGCCCAUUGGCAUGAAGCCUGGGCCUGGACAGUCCAUGGCCCACUCCCCGCGAACCACGCGUCGCAACAUGCUCGCCACUGAAUUGACCGAGUCGCUCCGCCGACACCUUCUCUGGGAACGCCAGCAGAAGAGCGCGACCGCCAAUGCUUUCCUCAAGCGUCGUCACACCGCCCACGACAUGAAGAAUCUCCAGGAAUACCCAGGCCCCAAGGGACCCCACAGCGGUGUCAGUCCCAACCAGGCCAGUGCGGAGGCCGACCCCAAUGCCGCCAACUUUGACGUGGGCAAGAAUGGCUCCUGGACCAACUAUACCACCGACUACGGUCCAUGGGAAUACCAUGUGAAAGGGUGGUAG